CCUGCACUUCUACAAAAUAAACAAAAAAAAAAAACACAUAAUUAUUAACUUAAAUCACAAGAACUGGUUACACUGUCCUAGUCAGGAAUAACAGCCACUAAACCCUCCCAAUAUGAACAUUUUCGCCAGUGAUGGCGAGGUGUGAGGUGGUCCACCACACUACAAGGUCGUCACACCUUACUCUGCAGGUUUGCCAGGCGCCCAUAUGCUGCAGCAGUUAUCUGGCUGAUGUGUGCCUCCGGAGAUGUGCUCGGUGUUAUGGUCACCCCAAGAUCUUUCUCCUUGAGUGAGACUAGUCUUGUAGUGAGCCAUUACUAAGAACACAGAUCACAAGAGCAUGAGAUUCAAUAGUGAGGACCUGGCAGAGUUUGCUGCCCAAGCUGGUGACCAUGAAGGAAGACUCACACACAAACCUCCAUCAAGGACACUCUAUGAUACAGCUUACAAGGAAAGAUGGUUUAAAUUGAAAGCUAAUUUUCUUUUCUACUACCGCUUGAAUGAAUUUGGUGGAGUCAAUAAGAAUGAGCCAAGUGGUGUUUUUGUUCUAGAAAACAUUGAAGUACUGCGGGAUGAAGAUGUUGAUACACCAUUUGGAUUUAUAAUUAAGUGGAAGGAUGACCCAGAGCGCAAACAUUUAUUUUUUGCAAAGACAGAAGCAAGUGUUCAUGCUUGGAUAAAUAAAAUAUUACAUGCAAGUUACGAGCAUAUGAGAGCUCAGCUGAUCAUGUUAAGGGUUCAUAUCAGAAGAAAGACUGGUAAAGAUCCCCUAGAACAUUUUGGCACCCCUUUACCUCAACGCACCUCAUGGGCAAUGUCUCCUACAACUCAGUUUCACAUUGAUCUUGAGGGACUUGGUGGGUCUCAUAUACCAACCAGCCAUACAUCUUCAUUACCGCCUAGCCCUAGUACCUACCAUUCUCAAAAAAAGCCACCUGGCAGCCCUUCUGGAUAUAGUCUUCCAUCAAAAAGUCCAAGUCUGAUGUUGAAAAUUCCAAAGAGUCCAUCCUUCAGACAUGCAACAUGCAGUGCACCUAUACCCCCACCUAGAAAAGGAAGGAAACAUGGUUAUGAGAAUGGGCAUGUUGUAGUAGAAGAAUUGUUACCAGGAGUUGGGUGUAAUAAAGCCUCAUUUAAGUGUCACAUAAAGGAAGGAUGUUCGCCAAACCAGGAACCCAGUUUACUCGACUGAUUGGGCGUCUGCCACUGAGGAGUAUCCCCUAAAUUUAGUAGGUGCUCCACGAAUCUCUCCUGCUGUUAGUUUGUAGCAAUAUUUCUAAUCAGUAUUUGCUUAGCCACAUUAGACAGACAAUGAGUUUAGCAUUGUGUGUUGUGGGACAUUUUAAUUGUACUGAAUGAAGUGCAUUUUUUCUUCUUUUAUACUUGAAAGACAUCUGUCGUGAAUGGCCAUACAUGUUACGAGGAAUGUUUCUGUGAUGCUUAGUAUAAUUGGUUGUUAAACAGGGAAAAAAAGUUUUGUUUUAUCUUGUUAUUUAAUGACUAAUCGUUUGGCAGCCAAAUAAAGAUAAUUGUUUGUUUUCAUUAUUUAAUUAUAUUGUUUCUUAACAGUCCACCAUGGAUUUUAAUGUUUUUUUUUAUAUUAUUCUUGCACUGAUUUAAUUUUUUUUACAUGUUACUUAGCAAAUAUGAGCAAUUCUGUAUGUUUAUUCGUGGCAGCCCUUUUUUUUUUUUUUUUUUUUUUUAAUUUUGAUAGUUUCCUCAGUAUCUUGUAAUACAGUGGACCCCCGGUUAACGAUAUUUUGUCAUUCCAGAAGUAUGUUCAGGUGCCAGUACUGACCGAAUUUGUUCGCAUAAGGAAUAUUGCAAAGUAGAUUAGUCCAUUUCAGACCCCCAAACAUACACGUACAAACGCAUUUACAUAAAUACACUUACAUAAUUGGUCGCAUUGGGAGGUGAUCAUUAAGUGGGGGUCCACUGUACUGUACUUCACAUUCACCUCUUUUUAGUGUCCACUUUGACUUAAUCUUUCUAUGAAUAUAAUAUGAAUUGUCAUAUCAACCUCUUAUUUUUGCUGCUGUUUUAACCGUUUCAUCUUUUUCCACCUUGACUGGGCGAUCCAAAGAAGAAAAUGUAAAUACAUUUAUUUCCCUCUUUGUCAGUUAAUAAUUGCUGGGAAAGGGACAACCAGCCCCUGGCAUUUUAUAACUGCCUUCUGUGACAUGCAUAACUUAAAUGGGAAAAAAUUCUAACCCGAUUUCCCACAUAUCUAUGGUAGAUAAAUAAUAAUAGUUUAUUGCAGUGUAUAUAUAUAUAUAUAUUCUUUCUUUUAAUGCACCGGCUGUAUCCCACCGAGGCAGGGUGGCCAAAAAGAAAAACGAAAGUUUCUCUUUUUGACUUUAGUAAUGUAUACAGGAGAAGGGGUUACUAGCCCCUUGCUCCCAUAUACAGUGGACCCUCGACAUUCGAUACUAAUCCAUUCCUGAGAGCUAUCGAAUGUCGAAAAUAUCAAAAGUCGAAUUAAUUUUCCACAUAAGAAAUAAUGGAAAUCAAAUUAAUCCGUGCAAGACACCCAAAAGUAUGAAAAAAAAAAAAUUUACACAUGAAAUAUUAAGUUUAAUGCAAUAGAAUAAUUACAGUAACAACAAUAACAAUAGAUUAAUAACAAUAGAAUAAUUGACACUUACCUUUAAUGAAGAUCUGGUGAUGAUUGAUGGGAUGGGAAGAGGGGAGAGUGUGGAUGGUGUUAGUGUAUAGAAGGGGAAUCCCCUUCCAUUAGGACUUGAACUGGCAGCCUCACCAUGCCUUACCACACUGUGUAUGCCACUACGAUUCUUAAAUCUUUCAAACCAACCUUUGCUGGCCUUAACUUCACUCACAUCACCACUAGUUGCAGGCAAUUUCUUUACCAAAUCAUCAUGCACUCCAACACAUGCACUCCACUUUCGUACUUUGCAAUUAUCUCUUUCUUCAUUUCAAUAGUCAUUAGCACCUUUUUUCUCGAAGGGUUGACACUAGAAGCGUUCUUGGGGCCCAUGGUUGCUUAUUUUGCAGAAACAAGCACCAAAAGCAGUGAUAAUAUGGAUAAUAUGGAAUGUACCGAAUGUAUCCUUAGAUGCGUGCACACUGGCUGGCUUGUAAACACUGGCACACACGGGGCAGUUCAGGCCACACGUGGACACGUCUCGUACGAAUCGUAUCGAAUGUCGGGUUUUCCAUCGAAUGUCGAAGCGAAAUUUUUGCGUUAAAAUGCAUCGAAUGUCGGAUUUAUCGAAUGUCGAUGCCUUCGAAUGUUGGGGUCCACUGUAUAUACAUAUUUUUUUUUCUUAACUAAAAUGCUGGGAGCAAGAGGCUAGUAACCGCUUCUCCUAUAUCCUGCCUUGGUGAGAUACAGCCGGUUUGUUGAAAGAUGAUGAUGUAUGUAUAUUCACUGAUUUACUUUUUCAUUGGCCUCACAGUAGUUUUAUUUUUUUUUGUUUUACAAACAAGAAAUAACAAAAAUAUUUUUUUCACAUUUUUCUGUAAACAGAUGUUUGUUUUCUUUUUUUCAACAAGUCAGCCAUCUCACACCAAGGCAGGGUGCUCAGAUAUGACAAUUCAGAAGUCCCUCCAAUAUCCCAAACCCCUCCUGUAAAGUGGAGGCAUUGUACUUCUCAUUUCCAGGACUCAAGUCCAGCUAACUGGUUUCCCUGAAUCCCUUCACAAAAUAUUACCCUGCUCACACUCCAACAGCUCAUCAGAUCCCAAAAACCAUUCGUCUCCAUUCACUCCUAUCUAACACGCUCACACAUGCUUGCUGGAAGUCCAAGCCCCUCACCCACAAAACCUCCUUUACCCCCUCCCUCCAACCUUUUUGAGGACAAUUCCUACCCCACCUUCCUUUCCCUACAGAUUUAUAUACUCUCCAAGUCAUUGUACUUUGAUCCAUUCUCUGUAAAUAACCAAACCACCUCAACAACCCCUCUUCAGCCCUCUGACUAAUACUUUUAGUAACUCACACCUCCUCCUAAUUUCCACACUCCGAAUUCUCUGCAUAAUAUUUACACCACACAUUGCCCUUAGACAGGAAAUCUCUACUGCCUCCAGCCGCCUCCUUGCUGCAGCAUUUGCAACUCAAGCUUCACACCCAUAUAAAAGUGUUGGUACCACUAUACUUUUGUACAUUCCCUUCUUUGCCUCCACGGAUGACGUUUUUUUUUUUUUUUUUGUCUCCACAGAUACCUUAAUGCACCACUCACCUUUUUUCCUUCAUCAAUUCUAUGGGUAACCUCAUCCUUCAUAAACCCAUCCACUGACAAGUCAACUCCCAAAUCUCUGAAAACAUUUACUUCUUCCAUACUCUCUCUCUCUCUCCAAUGUGAUAUCCAAUUUUUCUUUAUCUAAAUCAUUUGAUACCUUCAUCACCUUACUCUUGUCUAUGUUUACUUUCAACCUUCUACCUUACACACCCUCCCAUACCUUUUUUAGUCCUUCUAAUGGUAUAAUUUCUAAGAAAUAUAUAGUAAUAACUGUUAAUUUUAUUUUUAAGAUCUUAUCAAAUCCAGUGUUUAUUCUCAUAUCUGUUUUAUAAUGGCAAGUAAAUCAUUAUCCAGUGAUCCUUUUAUUCCGGUUUUAUUACUUGAUUUGUUUUGCAAUCAUUGUUAUCCUAAAUCUUUUAUUGUUACUUUCUAAUUUAGACUGGAAAUGUUAUCUAGUCAUAGAAUAUUAAGGAAAGCUGGAGUAAUAUCAAAUGUUGGUUUUAUUUUCAUCAGUUUUCAUUUUUUAUAACAAGUUUUUCUUAGUACUGUAAGCAAGCUUGCAAUUAUACAAGGGUACCUCCCUU